AAGAAGCGGGUUCGACUUCUACGUGUGAACUGGCACUGCAUGGAUGGUUAUAAUCCGCCAGAGUAUCAAGGUUCUCUCUUUGAUAUUUCCCUCCAUCUCAGCAGUAUCUGAAAUGCAUUUCUUCCCAAAAAACGAAUUCUGAAAAAUCAUGAUUCCAGCGAAUCCAGGACAUGAAGAAGAAUGCCUCCGCAUCUCAUUUCUCCCAAAUCCUCUGCCAAACGGACAUUCGGAAAACUGCCAACUUCUACGCAGCCCAGCUCGAGCACAUCUGCUGCCCCCUACGCAAUGGAUCCGGCUCCCUCGCCGGUGCGGUCCACGCCCACAUGAUGACAUCCGGAUUCAAGCCACGUGGCCAUAUCCUCAACCGUCUGAUCGAUAUAUACUGCAAAUCCAACAACCUGAUCUACGCUCGUCGCCUGUUUGAUGCAAUUCCUCAACCAGACAUUGUGGCUCGCACCACUCUCAUUGCUGCAUAUUCGAAUGCCGGCGACCUAAAUCUCGCACGCAAGGUAUUCGACGGGACGCCAGUAAGUAUGCGGGAUGUUGUUUCCUACAACGCUAUGAUUUCGGCCUAUUCUCGCAACGGCGAUGGCCUAUCAGCUGUCCAGCUCUACAUUGACAUGGGCCGGGACUGUCUUCGGCCUGAGGAUUUCACGUUCACGAGUGUUCUCAGUGGACUGGCAAUUGUAGUUGAUAAUGAAAGGCAAUGCCAGCAGCUACAUUGUGCGGUUGUGAAAUCUGGCACAGAAUCUGUUGUCUCUGUCUCAAAUGCUCUCUUAUCUGUCUAUAUGAAAUGUCCAUCAUUGUCGACGGAUUCUGCUUGUUUGCUGUUCAACUCAAUGCCGGAAAGAGAUGAGCUGUCAUGGACUACAAUAAUUACUGGGUAUGUACGGCGUGGCAAUAUCAAUGCAGCAUGGGAGCUUUUUGAGGGGAUGGAAGCUAAAUUCGAUGUCGUGUGGAAUGCAAUGAUCUCGGGUUUUGUGCAUCACGGGCUUAUUUUAGAUGCAUUGGAGAUGUUUAAAAGGAUGCAUUCGAUGGGAGUUGUACCUGAUGAAUUCACAUACACAAGUCUGCUCAGCGCCUGUGCAAAUGCUGGGUUGCUUCAGCUUGGUAAGGAACUGCAUGCUCACAUUCUUCGUACUGAUCCAACCCCUGACCCCGAAUUGUCCUUACCCGUUGAAAAUGCGUUGAUCACCUUGUACUGGAAAUGUGGUAAAUUAGAUGAUGCGCGGCAGAUUUUUGAUGAGAUGCGGGUGAGAGAUCUUGUUUCAUGGAAUGCGAUUUUAUCAGGCUAUGCAACUUUUGGGCGUGUUGGUGAAGCUCGAAGAAUAUUUGACACAAUGCCUGAGAGGAGUCUGUUGACAUGGACAAUGAUGAUAUCUGGAUUCGCACAGAAUGGGCUUGGAGAGGAAGGGCUGAAGCUGUUUAACAGAAUGAAGGAAGAAGGUGUUGAACCAUGUGACUUUGCAUUUGCAGGUGCAAUCACUGCAUGUGCAGGCCUUGGAGCAUUGGAGCACGGGCGCCAGCUCCAUGCUCAGCUCAUUCGGCAUGGGUUCGACUCAAGCAUUUCUGCGGGGAAUGCACUUGUGACAAUGUAUGCAAGGUGUGGAGUUGUGGAAGCUGCACAUGGUGUCUUCUUUACAAUGCCUUUUGUGGACUCCGUUUCGUGGAAUGCUAUGAUUGCAGCCCUUGGACAACAUGGACAAGGAACCGAGGCACUUGAUCUCUUCGACCGGAUGUUACAUGAGGGUAUAUCACCUGAUCGGAUCACUUUCCUCACAGUUUUGUCCGCCUGUAGCCAUGCCGGUCUAGUCGAAGAAGGAUGCCGGUAUUUUGAGUUGAUGGAAAACGUUUAUGGUAUAACGCCUAGUGCAGAUCAUUAUGCUCGCCUGAUCGAUUUGUUGUGUCGAGCAGGGCGAAUCUCAGAAGCAAAGAAUAUGAUUGGAACAAUGCCUUUCAAACCGCGCCCACCUAUUUGGGAGGCUCUUCUAUCUGGUUGCUGCAUCCAUGGGGACAUGGCGCUAGGUAUCCAUGCUGCAGAGAAGCUCUUUGAGCUGACCCCACAACAUGACGGAACAUAUGUCCUUCUGUCAAACAUGUAUGCGGCUGUGGGUCGGUGGGAUGAUGUGGCGAGAGUGCGGAAAAUGAUGAAGGAUCGAGGGGUGAAGAAGGAGCCAGGUUGUAGUUGGAUAGAUGUUGCGAAUAAAGUCCAUGUGUUCCUGGUAGAUGACACAGUACACCCUGAGGUGCAGCAGGUGUACCGCUUUCUUGAGAGUUUGGGAGCAACGAUGAGGAAGCUUGGUUAUGUCCCCAAUACCAAGUUUGUGUUGCAUGAUGUGGAGUCUGAGCAAAAGGAGUAUGUCUUGUCUACUCACAGUGAGAAGCUGGCUGUUGGGUAUGGGCUACUGAAGCUGCCUCUUGGAGCUACGGUCAGAGUUCUCAAGAACCUAAGGAUCUGUGGAGAUUGCCACGCUGCAAUCAUGUUCAUGUCAAUGGUGGUGGACAGAGAGAUUGUUGUGAGAGAUGGGAAGAGGUUUCAUCACUUCAGAAAUGGGGAAUGUUCCUGUGGCAAUUAUUGGUGAUUGAACAGUGAUCGGAGUUGGCAUUGCAGUUUUGGAGACGCCGCUACUACAGGUUUUCUGUAAAUUAUCUGUGACCCGUCUUGGGUUUGGCAUUGUCUAGACUGGGAGACGGAGGCAUUACAUUUUUUUGGCUAUUAUAACCAUACACCACUUACCGAAAUAAAACACGGAGGACUGUCUAAAGAUGCAUCAUUUUUGUUUCGUGGAACUUGUUCCUUUUAUCUUUGGUGUGGGCCAUUUUGGGAAGAGUUUGAAAUGAACCUCUUUACAGUCGAACUUGGAAACUGUUCAUGUGGAAAUUGAAAGCUGAGUGUUAAUGUGGCCCUUUUGGAUGGUCUUUGAUUAUUAUUCAUGGAUACCUUGUGAACGAUUCAUUGUGAGGACUAACUAAAGAUAGUUGUAGUUUCAGACAAGCUACUACUUGAGCAGUUUUGAUGGGUUUUGUAGAUGAGGAGUCUUUAAGUAUAUGAAGAUCUGAAGCCGUAGAUGCAGCUUUGGAAUAUGAUUUUUAUGGUCUUUUUAGCUGAUAAUCCUCUUCCAAAGAACUUGCAGUUUUAUAGAUGAUAUGAAGCUUGAUGCAAAAGGAGGUAUCUUGGUGAACAACACACUCUUGAGGAGUUUGAUAACAGGGCCGUCAUAGGAGUUUUGAAGAAAAUUGUUGAAAUUAUUGAGUGUUUCUUCUAAUAUGGCAACCCAUAUCCUUACAUGAUAGUGAUCAGGCGAGCAAUACAAUCAAACAAUAAGCUAGACCUUUGCUCCCCUCAUCUUUGUGCAAUCUGGGUGUGUGGCAAUGAUGAGAUCUCGACAUUGAACAUGAAUCCAGUUUGGCCUUGCAGAUCCUAUACUUCAUGUGAACUUUCCAGAACAGGACAAUGAAAGAAUUACAAACGUGUCUCUAUGUCCCAUGUGCAAGGUAGCUGGAGAUCUCAACAACCAAGGUGUAAAGUACACAGGAAUUCCAAGGUUUGUUAUUUGGAAUUGGAUGACUGUUGGGUACAAAUAUACUCAGAAAUGAAAAGGCAUGAAUUUUAUUUUCCUUCAAUCAUUUUU